AUGGCGUCAGUGCAACGGCUGAAGAUGGAAGAUGUUCACCCGGACGAUGUCGAAGUAUACGAACAGUUGGCAAAACUGCAGCAAAUGCAUGGUCAGGUCAACAAUCUGCGAUCACUGCUUCCCGGCAGGUUGCUAGGCUCAACGCUGUUGGCAGAUCGACAGUCACCGGAGAAGUUCGCUGCCACUUUGCGAGACGCUGCCACGUCCGGCAGCACACAGAUCACCUCUUUCAAGCGGGCUUACCACAGCGAAGAAAUGCAUCAGCUCUGGCGAACUGUCAACAAUACAGAGUUCCCACAAGGUGAAGACGUGUGGCCGAUCGACUAUGCUGGCUCAUUGCCAGAUCUGAAGCGAGCACAGAUCACAUCGGGAAACCAGAAGUCGGACCAGACGAGCACCGGAACUGAGACCGAAGGUGAUAUAGAAGCCAUCAUCUCAGCAGCAAAAGCUCGAUCUCCGGGAGUUGAGAUUACGACGUCAGCGAACACGCUCCCUUUGAUUGUUACUGUAUCAGCUAUGAAGUUCACCAUCAUGGCGACCGACUCCUCGGAUGCGAAACCUAGAUUAGUUGUCUCCAGUGUUGACGACCAUACGCCCUCCGCGUAUCAAAACUCCAUCCUCCAAUUCAUCCAGCAGCAACAUCAACAAGCCAGUCUGUCUGAUCUGCUUGCGCUCUUCGCCUCCUACCAUAAGCUCGAGUCGCAGCCAUGUCGAAAGUGUGGGAAGGUCUUGGAUGGUUCUCUGCAGCUGCCCCUCUUCCGCGAGAAAGCCGAACCUAGCGACGACUCAAGCGAAGUCUCAUGGCAAGCUGUUCAUGCAUCAUGUCGGUGA